CUUCAGCACUCAGUCGUCAGCAAUCAGUAGUCACUAGUGACUAGUCAGUACUAACUCGGCGUUCGACUGGACUAGCCGACUCAGUGCGCGCCAAAUAAACCGAAUAUUAUGUUCGCUUAGGAGUCUUCAAAUAUAAAUAAAGUCCCUAAGUUUGCUUUGAUAAAACAGUGUUCUUGUUGAAUCGAGAUAAACAUCCAAUCUGAAGGAAACAUGGUAUACACUGUUUCGCUGAAAUUAUCGCUAAGAGAUGGAUUUGCAUACAAUUGAUUAAAUAAACUCUGAAAAGCGAUCACUUCGCCAAUGCCAGGGAGCCGAAGGCCACGAUGUUAGCAGACGAUGAUUCUCCUAAAUACAACUUGAGCUAUAUAGAUUCUAACGACAGCUAUACUGCGCUGGACCACACCAAAUUGAUAUCCUUGCUCAAGCUCAAAGGGACGAAUCAAAGCGACAAUAUCGGGGAGUUCCUGAGGGUCCUGGAGAACCUCCGAAGCAAGUUCAACAUCUCCGUAGUGAAGGAAUGCGAUCGGACACAUUAUUGCUCGGGAGAAAUUCGAGACUUGAUUCUGGCGUAUAAUAGUAUACAUGGAUACGUUAGCCUAUUGAUAUGUCUGUUCGGGAGUUUGGCGAAUGCAUUAAACGUAGCUGUAUUAACGCGGCGUGACCUGGCCGGGGCUCCAAUUAACCGUUUGCUGAAGUGGUUGGCAGUCGCCGAUGUCUUUGUAAUGCUUGAAUAUGUGCCAUUCGCUAUAUAUCGAUAUUUGCUGUUCCCAGGUCAAGAAGACCGACCUUACUCGUGGGCUGUCUACAUGCUCUUUCACAUGCACUUUACUCAAAUCCUGCACACAGCCUCGAUUCUGCUCACUCUCUCGCUGGCCAUCUGGAGAUAUAUUGCCAUCAAAUAUCCAUCUUAUAGCUCAUCGUUAUGCACUGACCGCCGCUGUUCCAUCGCAAUCGGCAUAAGCUUCUUAUUGCCACCGAUGUUAUGUAUUCCGUCAUAUUUUGUGUUCACUAUUCAUGAAGACUAUGCAUUAGACCACCGCCCCUCCAAAGUAUACUUCGUAGACUCCAACUACGACGGGCGACUUUAUCAGACAAAUUUCUGGGUCCACGCUGUCGUGAUUAAGCUCCUUCCGUGUCUGAUCCUGACAGUGAUAAGUGCGUGGCUCAUCAGGGUAUUGUACAGAGCCAAUGGCAGGAAGAGGGCUCUGAAGGGUUACAAUGCCUGCCCGGCCUCGACCGUCGUCACCGGCAACGGGAAUGUGUUUACGAGAAAAUCUACAAAAAGGUCCAAAGCGGAGCGACGUACAGACAGGACGACAAAAAUGCUAGUAGCGGUUCUUCUUCUGUUUCUAUUGACCGAGUUCCCGCAAGGGAUUUUAGGACUAAUGAGCGGUGCGCUGGGGAGGUGUUUCUUCAAACAGUGUUACGACCUGUUCGGUGAACUCAUGGACGCCUUGGCUCUCUUGAACGGAGCAAUUAACUUCAUAUUAUACUGCUCUAUGUCCAAACAGUUCAGGACGACUUUUAGACAGAUUAUGAGGGCUCGGUUCGCCCCCACCCCGAGGGCGAGCUCCCAUACUGAGUUGCAAAGCACAUAUGUAUAAGGCAUUUUUAAUAAUAUAAUAUACGGUAAAGAAAAUAUUAUAUGUAAAAUUUUGCUAAACUUUUAAAGUAAAGUUUUAAGCUUUAAGUAAAGCACAAGGGCAUCGUUUACUUGGAAUUGAAGCCUAUCAGUCUAACAAAAUUAUAUAUUAUAAUUUAUGUAACGCACUUGCACAAAAGUUUUUAUUCGUAUAUUGGCAUAUUUUCAUUCAAUAUUUAACAUCAAAUUCAAGCUUUUCGAGGUCAUCAAGGCUUGUUUGCUGGCUGCGUUGAUUGAAGUUUUGCGUUGUUAUUAUAUCUUGAACUUUGUACAAUGAUGUCUUUAGUUUACGUCUGCUUAAAAUUUUAAUUCAAGCUUUUGAUAGGUUUCUUAACUUACGUUGUAGUGCGAACAGAAAAAAGGUAGACUAAAACACAUUGUUACAUUAAUUAUUGUCGCCACACAGAAUAGGAUCUUUAGAUCACACUUUUGGUGUCACUUGCAAAAGGAUUGACUAUAAAGCCACCGAAUAUACAAAUAAUGAUAUCAUCGGAAGAUAUUUACAUAACUGUUUUGAAAAAAAGAUAUAUAUAUAUAAAAUGUAAUAACAUUUUAUUUCAUGAAUAUGUAAAUAUACUUAUGUGUAAAUAAUAAUUAAUAGUAAUCAUAGAAUUAAUGUAUUGAUUAAUAUUACUCAAUAAAUGCUUUAAUCACCAA